UGCCAAACAAACAAAGAGUUCGAGAAUAGACAGGAAAUUAAUAUAAAUAAAUAUUGGGGGAAAUAAAAAAUUAUUAACAAUUUGACAAUCAAUAUAAUCGGGACAACCCCUUUGUCUUCCAUAGAAAAACAAUAUAAUUAAUGAUAAAUAUUUUCUAAUCGUUCUUGUGGUCGUCGCAAUAAGUGUAAACCCACAACAAGAUUUUAACAUUUAUUUGGAAGUCGUGCUUGCUCCAACUGGAACCGGUGGAAAUGGACGAACACAAUGGACCAGAGGUCUCCGAGUGAAGCGAUGGUUAUUGAUGACCCAGUUUAUGGAAAAAUAUAUCUGCCACAAGAUGUGGCAGCCAUUGUGGCAACACCACAUUUUGAACGUUUAAAAAAGAUAAAACAACUGGGCUUCCUUUAUUUAGAUGAUGUUAAGGAACAUACUCACAACCGCUAUUAUCAUUGCAUUGGAACAUAUCAUGCGGCAGGCCUUAUGUUAGAUGCAUUGGAAAAGAAUACAUCUUGGCUCUCGGAUAAUAACAAUACAAUACCACCGCUAUUUCGACAAGCUGUACAGAUAGCUGGUCUCGUGCAUGAUAUUGGUCAUGGUCCAUUCUCACAUUCAUGGGAAGCGGUAGCUGAUCACUAUGAACAUGAAAAAGUCGGCCUUCCUUGUGUUGAUGAAAUAUUCGCCUGCAUAGAUGAAAAACUAUUUCCUGAACUAAGAGCUAACAAUAAUUAUGGCAUAUGUCUAAUAAAAGCUUUGAUAACAGGCAAAAUGAAGAAACUUCAUAAAUUAGGUUUCAAGUUAUCUAGCAAAUUUAUGUUCAUUUUCGGCAUUAUCUGCAAUAAACGCAACAAACUAGAUGUUGAUAAGUGGGACUAUUUGAAACGAGAUAAGUUUUACUUAAAGCAUCUUUGUAACCCCACCAUGGACUUCGAUGAUAUUUUCCUUAAGGCAAAAGUUUCAGAUUGUGGCGAGUAUAUUGAAUAUCGCUAUAAUGACUUUGGAAAAAUUCAUAGUUUGUUUGCCGCUCGCUGGAAUAAUCACAGAUACUGUUAUCAGUUACCCAGAAAUUUGAUGCGAGAUAAAAUACUCAAAUUGAUUGUCGAUGAAAUAAAGCCUAAAAUAAAUGGCCAUCUACUGAAGGACAUAGAUGCUAAAAAUUCCAUGACAGCAUUUCUUGAAUUAACAGAUGAAAACAUCUUGAGUUUAGUUGAACAACAUCCUCUAAGCAUAUUUCUUAAAUAUGACGCAAAGUUUGAAGAGGUUAAGGAGAGUAGUUGGCAAGUGGAGAACUGGCUUUUCCAAACUACGAUAGAUAUACCAAGUGUGACGUCCUAUAUUCAAUAUGAUAGUUUUGAUUUUUAUGGCGAUGCAGAGGACAAACCAGAUGUUAUAGAUGAGACAGAAACAAUACGGCAUAUUAUAAAGUUUACUUGUGAUAUUAGCAAUGAUAAAGUAUUCUAUUACAUAAAACCUGUAGAGUAAGCAUUGCUUUCUCUGAGGCAGUUCAAUAUUCAAUAUCCGAUAAUAUUCAUGAAAACAUCACACAACUCCCAUACUAUUCAACCAAAUAUACUUUUCUACGAAGUACCUUUUGACAGUGAAACCUCGUUUCAGUUUUUUGUUUUAAGAAAUCUAAAUGGCUAAGAAUUGAAUGUUCCUUAACCGACAGUAUUUGUUGCUUCAAAUGUUUGUUUAACAUUUCAGUGGCGAAUAUUUUGUAUCCAAAUGGGAAUUUUAACAUUUUAUGUUUUCGUUUUAAUAUCAUUUUGUUAUUUUCGUUAUUGGAUUUUAUUACUCUAUAAUAAUCUCUAUAUUU